UGAACUCUGGACCCUCGGAAGAGCAGUCGGGUGCUCUUACCCACUGAGCCAUCUCACCAGCCCCACCUUAUUGGUUCUACCUUGAAAGUGCUCGGAUUACAGAUAGGAGCAACCACACUAGCAUUAAAUAUUUUUAUUAAUAUUUGUAAAAUACGUAUUAAAUAUUUUACCGUUACAGACAGUGCAGGUAGAGCAUUUUUUGUUUUGUUGAGACAGUCUUGUAGCCUAAGCUGAUCUCGGGUUACAGUGUGGCUCAGGGUGACCUUGAACUCUUAGUCCUCCCGCCUCCCCUUCCCUAGUACUGGGAUUACACCUAGGGGCCGAGGCUGGCAAGGCACAGCACUUGAGAAGAAAAGGAAAUAUGCUUUUGAGAAAGUACCGAAUGCAGGAGGCCUGCAUUCAGACAUGUGCUUAUAACAGUUACACUAAUGCGGGCGGCAUCUCCAUAGGAUAGGAAUUUAACAAGUUACUAAAUUAAUUUUUUAUUUAUUUUGUUUUUUGAGUCAGGAUUUUACUUUGUAGCCUUGAACUCCCAAGUCUUUGCAUGAAACUCACUUUAAGUAUAGCAGGCUGGUCUCAAACCCAGCUGCCCCUCCCUUCUGAGUGCUGGGAUUAAAACCAUGUGCUACCACUGCAGCCUGAGUACUUGCUAGGUUAUGUAGAGCAGGUGCUCUUUUUUCCUUUCUUUCCAUGUCUCUCCCUCCCUCCCCCUCUCUCUUCCUUCCUUCCUUCCUUUUUUUUUCAGCAGGGUCUGUGUAGUCCAGGCUGCUCUCAGACUCCUGGCAUGCCUUCUGCCUUAACUUCCCACGUGCUGGCUUUCCAGAUAGGAGUCUUCUUGUCCAGUUGAAAUAUUUUCAGGCUUUGGAACUGGGAAGUUUUGUUGUCUGUUCCUGUACUGGCUAGGCUGUGACCAGAAUUUCAGUGGCAUACUGGUGAGCAAUACUAAGGUAGACGGACCGUUACUACAAAUUCUGUUUAUGAACAAUGCUAUUUCAAAGCAAUACCACCAAGAAAUAGAGGAGUUUGUAUCAAACUUAGUAAAACGAUUCGAGGAACAGCAAAAAAAUGACGUGGAAAAGACUUCCUUCAGCCUUUUACCCCAGCCAUCCAGUGUCAUGUUGGAAGAGGACCAUAAAGUGGAAGAAUCGUGUGCCGUUAAAAACAACAGGGAGGCUUUUAGUGUUGUAGGAAGUGUCCUGUAUUUUACUAAUUUUUGCCUUGAUAAAUUGGGGCAACCGCUACUAAAUGAGAACCCUCAGCUUACGGAAGGAUGGGAAAUACCCAAGUACCAGCAAGUCUUCAGCCACAUUGUUCCUCUAGAAGGGCAGGAGAUGCAAGUGAAGGCAAAAAGGCCAAAGCCUCACUGCUUCAACUGUGGUUCUGAAGAGCAUCAGAUGAAGGAAUGCCCAAUGCCUCGGAAUGCUGCUCGGAUCAGUGAGAAGAGGAAAGAGUACAUGGAUGCCUGUGGCGAGGCCAGCGGCCAGAGCUUCCAGCAGCGCUAUCAUGCAGAAGAAGUAGAAGAGAGAUUUGGAAGAUUCAAGCCAGGAGUUAUUAGUGAGGAACUUCAAGAUGCCCUGGGUGUGACAGACAAGAGUCUUCCCCCUUUCAUCUACCGGAUGCGCCAGCUAGGCUACCCACCAGGCUGGCUCAAGGAGGCUGAACUGGAGAAUUCUGGACUUGCACUCUAUGAUGGAAACGAUGACGCUGAUGGGGAAACAGAAACUGGAGAAAUACAGAAUAAAAAUGUCACCUACGAUCUCUCAAAAUUGGUAAACUAUCCAGGUUUUAAUAUAUCUACUCCCAGAGGUAUUCCAGAUGAAUGGAGAAUGUUCGGUUCCAUACCAAUGCAGGCGUGUCAACAGAAGGAUGUAUUUGCCAGUUACCUUAAUUCUAACAUCCAGUCGCCGAGUAUGAGAUCGAGCGGCAAGCGGUCUUCCUCGCAGUCCAGCCCUAACAGUCCAAAGAAGCAGCGGAAGGAGGGCAGUGCGGCGGCCUCCCCUGCCGACAUGGAGCUAGACUCAGAUGUAGACAUUGCACCCGGUUCUCACAGCAGCAAAGCAUUUCAGUUCCAACCACCAUUGCCUCCCGGCACACCGCCUCCACUGCCACAGGGAACUCCCCCACCUCUCUUCACCCCUCCACUCCCUAAGGGAACCCCACCACUGACGCCCAGUGACUCACCCCAGGCCCGACCUGCAGCCUCAGCCAUGGAUGAGGAUGCCCUGACGCUGGAGGAGCUGGAAGAGCAGCAGAGGCAGAUCUGGGCGGCUCUCCAGCAGGCCGAGGGAGGGAACGGCGACUCAGACGUUCCUGGAGACACACCUUUAACUGGGAACUCAGUGGCCUCCUCCCCAUGUCCAAACGAGUUUGACCUCCCUGUCCCAGAAGGAAAGGCCCUGGAAAAGCCAGUGCUGGCUGAGCCCCAGGGGCCAGCUGCUUCUGUAGACACAGCUGGACCCGAGCCAUCCUGCAGCCCAGCAGCAGGGGCAGCAGUGCUCUCUCAGAGAGAAGAGGAACCCUCUGCUGAGGGGGGCCCGGGAGAUGCUCUUCUCAACAAUGGCAGUGUGUUGAACAUGAGCAACGGAAGCAACCAGCAGCCCAUUCACCCGGACAGCCGGCCUCCGACGGCCUCAAAAACCCAUAGCCCAGUACCUGACAUGAGCAAGUUUGCCACUGGAAUAACACCCUUUGAAUUUGAGAACAUGGCUGAAUCCACUGGAAUGUACCUCAGGAUAAGAAACCUGUUGAAGAAUUCACCCCGAAAUCAGCAGAAAAACAAAAAGACUUCUGAGUGAGCCCUGGCUGUGUGGUGAUGUGCAGCUCUGCAUUGUCCCACAGACUGAGGCCAGGUGACCCGUUUGUCCUUCCCACCUUUCAGAACCUGGUGUAAUUGUGAUCUGAGUCAAGCCUGUUUUACAGAAUGAAAGACUGGGUGUGAGUUUGUUCUUUUCUUCUCACUGACAGCAACCCAGAGUGUGCGUGCGUGCGUGCGUGCGUGAGUGAGCUGGUUCAGGGAUGCUUGGUCCAGGUUAGACUAUUUUUGGAUCGUGAGUGUCAAGAGUGAAGGUUUUUUUUUUUUUUAAUGUCUUUUGUAAAUUGUUUUCCCUUUCUACAUUUUGCUAUUAUCCUGUAUAUAUAAGCUUAAUAUAUCACUUUUUAAAGAAAAUUCUAACAAUUUUAAAUUCACAUUUCAAUUUCAACAACCAAAUGAGAACAAUCAGGGAUUGGCAGCUUGCUCCUGCUUGCUCGGGGUAUUUUUGUAAGAUUUUCAUGCAUGAUUUUAAUAACACUUUUACUUUUUGUAAUUUAAUUAUUCAAAUAUGCUUCCAAUAAAGGUGUGCUCACCUUUGUGUACAGAGGUUUAAUAAAUUAGUUUUCUUACACAUGAACCAAGACUUGAGUAGAUAUGACUCACAGUUCAAGUUGUUCUUUUGAACUUGAAUGAAAAUUAUGAGGUUGCAAAGAAACUGCACGAUUGGCUGCUGUAAGUGGAUUCCAGCU